AUAAAUUGCUAGAAAUUGAACGUUAAGAUCACAAACACAAAAUGAACCUCAUCAACUUGAUCUUUCUCCUCCUUGCAGCAGUGUUAGCAACAUGCAAUGCAACACAUGAAGCAUUUCUAGAGUGCAUGUCCUUCCACACUACAAAAUCUAUCAACACUUCUGACCAUAUCCUGGCACCCGGCUCACCUGCAUAUUCCUCGCUUAUGAAGUCAUCUCAGCAGAACCCGAGAUGGCUCAAUUCCACAACCCGAAAGCCUCUCAUUAUAACUCCUUAUACAGAUAUUGAAGUUCAAGCUUCGAUACUUUGCAGCCGAAAACAUGGCCUGGAAGCUAGAAUACUGAGCGGUGGUCAUGAUUAUGAAGGGCAAUCGUACAGAAGCAAAGCCCCUUUCAUCAAUAUUAACCUCAUAAAUCUCCGAGAGGUCCGGGUGGAUACAGACGAGGAGACAGCAUGGGUGCAAUCCGGGGCGACACUAGGAGAAUUGUACUAUAACAUUGCGAAGAAAAGUAAUGUUCACGGGUUUCCAGCGGGGGUGUGUCCUAGUGUAGGCAUUGGUGGCCACUUAAGUGGGGGAGGUUUCGGUAGCUUGGUGAGAAAAUAUGGACUUGCAGCCGAUAAUGUAAUCGAUGCAUACCUGAUUGAUGUGUAUGGAAGAAUCCUUGACAGAGAAACGAUGGGAGAAGAUUUAUUUUGGGCAAUCAGGGGAGGAGGUGGAGCCAGCUUCGGAGUCAUUAUAUCUUGGAAAAUCAAGUUGGUUCGAGUUCCAGAAGUGGUGACAUACUUUAAUGUUGACAAGAAGCUAGACCAAGGAGCCUUGGAGCUUGUUCACAGGUGGCAAUAUGUGGCGCACAAGCUACCUGAAGAACUCUUCAUCAGGAUUAUCACGCAGAAUGUUGGACAGGGUAACGAGAAGACGGUACAAGCUUCGUUUCAGUCACUGUUUCUUGGGGAAGUCAGUGAGCUGAUACCAAUGAUGGGGGAAUGGUUUCCUGAAUUAGGUCUAAGAGCGGAGAAUUGCACAGAAAUGACAUGGAUGGAAUCUGCACUAUCGUUUGCAGGUUAUCUUAAAGAUGAUUCCUGGGAUGUUUUCCUGACCAGAACAGAUCAUUACCAGAGCAAUUUUAAGGCAAAAUCAGAUUAUGUGACUGAACCGAUACCUAAAAGUGCGCUGGAAGGAGCGUGGAAACAAUUUUCGGCUGAAGAAUCAGUAUUUAUGAUAAUGGAACCCUUUGGAGGAAGGAUGGACAAGAUUUCAAAAUCUAAGAUUGCCUAUCCACAUCGAAAAGGGAAUUUGUACAACCUGCAGUAUAUGGUGAAAUGGGACGUAAAUACUGCUGAGGCAACGAAGAAGCAUAUGCAGUGGAUCAGGAAGCUUUAUAAGUACAUGAAGCCAUACGUCUCCCACUCCCCGAGAGCAGCUUACCAGAAUUAUAGGGAUUUUGACUUGGGGAUCAAUAAGCAGCCGAACACGACAUACAAUGAAGCAGCACAGUGGGGAAAGAAGUACUUCAAGAGCAACUUCAGAAGACUGGCAAAAGUAAAGACCAAGGCCGAUCCACUUAAUUUUUUCAGGCAUGAGCAAAGCAUUCCGCUUAUCAGCAAAGUAAAAGAUCACCAUUUUGAUCAGUAAAUGAAACUGCAAAUCCGCGUGUCAUAAGAAAUUCCUGUUCAGAAACAUGUCAAAUUCGUGUGGUAAAAUAAAUAAAUAUGCAAGUUAUGUAAAACGAGACAUAUCAUGAUCAGGUUAAUCGAGUCAUGUUUGUGUCAUUUUCAUAUUUGGUCUCUGUAAUCGAAAUGAAAUUUAGAAAAUAAUUAAGUCAAUUCGGAUCA